CGCCCAGGAAUCGGACGUGAGAAGGGAGCGAAGCCCGGAAAAACAGGAAAACAGGAGGAAAAUACACGGGGAGCACCCCUCGACAUAGCAAGGAUAUGCCUUGGCAAGGACCUCGUUCGCUGUGGCUGCAAUGCCGACGGAACUGGCGGAGAUGUGGAUAUGGAAGUGGGAGCCCAAGAAUCCAGCUCUCAGUUGCUUGGAGUCGAUAUCAACGGAUUCCUUAAAUCUAAAUUUCUGGAUACCAGCGGUGGGAGGAGCAAUUAUCGCUACUCCCUGCUAUUAUAUCUCUCAAUGAACCUAAAGAAUAUCAUAGCAACAUCAUAUCAAUCCAUAUCGAUUUAGAACCUAUGAUUAGCCAAUUGUUUUUAUUGUGGUAUUGUUUUGUAUUUUAUUGGAAAACAAUUGUGAUUUUAAGUAAAUAAAAGUAAUUACUUGUAAUUAAA